CCGUCGGCAAGCCCCUUCCCCUCCCAGGCCUCAGUUUCAUUUGGAAAUAGAGUAGGACAUGAUCUUGAGGAACUUCCUGGCUGGAUCGGUGGAGAGAAAGGGGGCUGAGCUUAGGGUUUGGGGUUCUCUCCUUCCCUGGCCGCGCCUCCGCCAGGCCUUAGGUUUCCCCAUCAGUCAAACGGAAGGAAAGGAGGUGAUUUCCAAGCUUUGCCCAGUUCGGCCCUUCUAGGAACUUGGGUGGCGGGAGGGUGUGGAGGGGCGCGAAGUGCGGAGGGUCGCUGACGAGGUCCUAGUUCGAAACCUCCCUCUCUCCUUGGCUACUGGUUUUGGGCCACCACCCGAUGCAGUUGGAAGGCCUCAGUUUCUACAGCCUCCGGCUCAGACGCCAAGAUACCGAGGGUCGGGGUCCCAGGGGCGCAGCCCCCCGCGGCUGCGCGCUGGGUCGGGCGGAUGACAUCACCGGACCGGGGGCGGGGAGGGAGAGAAAGGGAACCGGAGGGCCUCCUCCGCUCCAGGCGCAGCGCCCGGUUGGGCUCGGUCCGGCGGCCGCGGCCAUGACGCAGGGUCCGGGCGGGCGCGCGCCCCCAGCGCCCCCAGAGCCCGAGGCGCCCACCACCUUCUGUGCACUGCUGCCGCGCAUGCCGCAGUGGAAAUUCGCGGCUCCGGGCGGCUUCCUGGGCCGCGGCCCGGCGGCGGCGCGGGCGGCUGAAGCUGCGGAGGUCGUCGACCCCCAGCCGGAGUCCGCAGGCGCUGCCAGCGUCCCAGCGCUCGCGGCCGCGGUCCUGGGUGCUUGUGAGACACGCUGCGCGGUGCCCUGUCCCCUACCGGCUCUUAGCCGCUGUCGCGCCGCAGGGCGGGGGCCAAGGGGCGCGCGGGGGCCGGCGGGGCCCCCAGACGCAGCCGCCGCAGAGUGGAUUCGCAAGGGCAGCUUCAUCCACAAGCCGGCACACGGCUGGCUGCAUCCCGACGCUAGGGUUUUGGGGCCUGGGGUCUCCUACAUCGUGCGGUACAUGGGCUGCAUCGAGGUCCUUCGCUCCAUGCGCUCCCUAGAUUUUAACACCCGCACCCAGGUGACCAGGGAAGCCAUCAACCGACUCCAUGAAGCUGUGCCUGGUGUCCGGGGCUCCUGGAAGAAGAAGGCCCCCAACAAGGCCCUGGCAUCCAUUCUGGGCAAGAGCAACCUGCGCUUCGCAGGCAUGAGCAUCUCCAUCAACAUCUCCAUCGACGGCCUCAACCUCUCUGUGCCUGCCACACGCCAGGUCAUCGCCAGCCAUCACAUGCCAUCCAUCUCCUUUGCAUCAGGUGGUGACACGGUAAGGCCAGGGACGGGAUGGGUAGAUUUGCAGCCUCUUACCCCCUCCAGCUUCACCUCCCCUAGACCCCACACCCAAGAUCCCCAUCCCUCUGCAUUGCUGGUGGGGGUGGCUGGGCAUCCCAAACAGGGUGGCCCAGGCGGGUCCAGCUGGCCCCCGCCCUUCUCCCUUCAGGACAUGACAGAUUACGUGGCCUACGUUGCGAAGGACCCUGUCAACCAAAGAGCUUGCCACAUCUUGGAGUGCUGCGAGGGCCUCGCCCAGAACGUCAUCAGCACCGUGGGCCAAGCCUUUGAGCUGCGCUUCAAACAGUACCUGCACAGCCCCCCCACAGUGGUCAUGCCCCUGGACAGGCUGACCGGGCAAGAGGAGUCCGCCUGGGGGGAUGAGGAUGAAGCGUCAGAACACAAUUACUACAACAGCAUCCCUGGGAAGGAGCCUCCCCUGGGCGGGCUGGUGGACUCCAGGCUGGCCCUGUCACAGCCCUGCACCCUCGGGGCCCUCGGGGCUCUUGGACAGGGCAUGUCCCCUGCUCGAAGAGAUGCCCACAGCCUGCCGUGGGACCUGGGGUCCUCAGGCACAGCCACACCAGGGGAUGGCUACGUGCAGGCAGAUACAAGGGGUCCCCGGGUCUACGAGGGACAUCUGUAUGUCAACACUCAGGGUCUAGACGCCCCGGAGCCUGAGGACAGCCCCAAGAAGGACCUGUUCGACAUGAGACCUUUUGAGGACGCCCUAAAGUUGCAUGAAUGCUCAGUGGCAGCAGGCACAAUGGCAGCCCCCCUUCCAUUGGAGGACCAGUGGCCUAGCCCCCCCACCCGCCGGGCCCCUGUUGCCCCCACAGAGGAGCAGCUUCGGCAGGAACCCUGGUAUCAUGGCCGAAUGAGCCGUCGGGCGGCAGAGAGGCUGCUUCGAGCUGACGGGGACUUCCUUGUACGUGACAGCAUCACCAACCCUGGGCAGUAUGUCCUCACGGGCAUGCAUGCUGGGCAGCCCAAGCACCUGCUGCUUGUGGACCCUGAGGGCGUGGUGAGGACGAAGGACGUGCUGUUCGAGAGCAUCAGCCACCUGAUUGACUACCACCUGCAGAACGGGCAGCCCAUUGUGGCUGCCGAGAGUGAGCUGCACCUGCGUGGCGUGGUCACUCGGGAGCCCUGAGCAAGGUGAUGGUUCUGAUCCGGGCUCCUACUGCCCCGUGGCCUUACAGCUCUCAGCCUUUCUCUCAGACCCUGCUCAGGCCAGAACUGCCGCUGUCUCUCCUUCCUACACAUGAGCCUCUGGAAUCUUCCUUCCUCCAGCCGACCUUGGGCUGGGCAGGGCACCAGGCUGGGAGGUUGGGACCUAGGAGCCCUCCACCAGCGGAGCCCAGGAUGCCUACCCUCUGCCUGGGUGCACAUACCAAAGACAGAGCCUUCUCUCACCGCCACAGAGCUCAGAGCAGAGAGCAGCCACCGGGCUGAAGCCCUGGCCUCUGGGCCCUGUCUGCCUCAGGCUGGACCCAGUCUACACUUGUGGAACCUGAGGGUUCCCAGAUCCCUGCUGUGGAAACCAAUUCCUAUCCCAGCUGGGCUUACUUUUCCCACCCGAGAAACUGGGUGCAUGGUUGUCUUUCUGGGGGGAGAAUUAAGGUGCUUUGGGGCUGUCAGACCAGGUAUGUGCUGAUGCCGGUUCUGGGGUUGGGGGCAGCUCUGGGCUAGCUCGGGACAAUGGGGCAGCCAGGCUGCUGAGGACAGCUGACAUGGGGGCAAUUAUAAGCAGGAGGAAGAAGCAUGUAGCUGCCCAAUUGGGGCUGUGCCCACCAGUCCCCCAUCCCAUAGCUGUCAACCUGGACUGGACAUUGAAAUCUGUUUGUAAUUAAAACUGAGAAUAACCACAGGAGCAUGAGCCCACUUGUACACUUAGAGGCCCUUGCAGGGCUGGGGCUGGGAUAAGACUCCCUUGAGGUGCUUGUGGGACCCUGAUUUGGCUGCCCCAGGGGCCUGGACAUGGAGAGAAGAAGAUGGGGCUAUGCAUGUGCAGGUAUGGUUACCCUCUGCCCAGAAGCCCUGCAUCUCCUUUAGAUACCUCCAUUUGGUCCCAAGCUAAAGCACAUGUCAAGCUCUCUACUAAAACACACCCUGCUUUUAUUUUGGAGACACCCUAGUUUAUCUCUUGAGUGCAUAAAUCUCUCUUUUUCCAGAGCUGUAUCUGACAAAAGCUUGUUUUUCUUUCCCAAGAUGCCUCUAACUGGCCCUUGAGUGCAUUCUGUCUCCUCAGUCUCCCAGCGUCUCAUACCAUUUCUUUGGAUAUCUGCUCAACACCCCUACUUCUCUCCCAUGCCCACUUCACUCUCAAACACCCUAA